ACACUUGCAGUAAAAAAAAAAUCGUGUUUCUCAUUGGAAGCACACACGUGUCAGGUGGUGGUGGUUCUUUUUCUUUAUAAAUGUAAACAUUUAGCGCAAAUAUAGCGUGUAAAAAAAUGAACGCAUUGAUAAAAGCGUUUUUCCGCUGCCUCUCCUUGCUUUUGCCUCCCCCCUGGCUCCAGCUCGGUUUCUGCUGGUGGGUUGGGGAUGCGUGCGGAAAGACGCUAUGGCCCAAUCCCAGGGCUCGUCUCAGAGAGCGGACUCUCCUCGCACAUCAGGAAGUACAAACACAAGACAUCAGCCCAUCUUCUGCUCACGGCUGCUCUUCCUCGUCGCUCCACUGGCUGCAGUGGGGCAGGGUCUGGGAGCUGUGGAAAGCCGUGGCGCGCGUCUCUGGGCUCCCCUUCGCUCUACACCGGCACUGGUGCCAAAAGCGUAGGGCGCUGCUUACCACUGAGACCCACGGCACUGGGGAUCCGGUGACCAACGCGGCGAUAGAUCCCAUUGUCAACAUUUCUGAAGGGGAGGAAGUAAACAUUCUGGAGGAAGACCGGUCAUUACCCAGCGUGAGCGCUCCGAUGGUAUUGGCAGCCUACGUUGAAGCAACACUGGAUUCAACUAGGCUGGCGUUAGCUGAAGAGAUCAUGGUGGACCAACAGCAACAGGAGAUCGGGACCCAGGUGACCAUAACCGUGGCCAUCCAGGAAGCAGAAGAUGAGGAGCCCGCUACGGAGAUGCCUUCAAACUCUCUGAAUUUCUACGGCGGCAGUUGUAGUGAAGACGACACUGGAAGACGGGGAAAAUCAAGUGGCGCAGGAACGAGUGGUGGGGAAGCUGAGGAGGAGAGCUGGCAGCCACCAGACCCCGAGCUCUCUCAGAAGCUGGUGGCCCAGAUCGAGUACUACCUGUCUGACGAGAACCUGGAGCAUGACGCUUUCCUGCUCAAGCACAUCCGACGGAACAAGCUGGGCUAUGUUAGCAUAAAGUUACUCACAUCCUUCAAGAAGGUGAAGCACUUGACUCGAGACUGGCGGAUGACGGCCUACGCACUGCGCCGGUCCACCAUGCUGGAGCUGAACGAGGAGGGGCGCAAGGUGCGCCGGCGGUCUGCUGUCCCCGUGUUCGCCAGUGAGAGUCUGCCAAGUCGCAUGCUGCUGCUUAGUGAGCUGCAGUGUUGGCCGGAGCUGGGCCAGGCCUUACAGGGCAGCUCAGGGGAGGGGGAUGGAGCGGGGGCCGGUCCAACGCAGCAAGAACACCUCAUGGAGCUCCUGCUCAAGGCCUUUGGGGCGUAUGGCUCCAUAGCUUCCGUGCGGGUGCUGAAGCCUGGGAAGGAUCUUCCCGUGGACUUGAAGAAGCUGAGCAGCCGCUACACGCAGCUCAGCACCGAGGAGUGCGCCAUCGUGGAGUUCGAGGAGGUGGAGGCCGCGGUCAAAGCCAGCGAGGCUAUGGGUUGUGGGGAUGGAGCGGCUGGCCCACUCGGCGUGAAGGUCGUCCUGAUUGGUACCAAGCCACCCAAGAAGAAGCUGCCCAAGGACAAACCACAGGAGGCCAAUGGGACAUCAAAGAACCGCUCCUUGAACAGCCGUGUGCGGGAGCUGCAGUAUCAGGCAGAGGAUUCUGCUUGUAGCUCCUCUGAAACGGAAAGCAAUCCCACCUCCCCUCGCUUCAGCCGCAAGGUCCAGCCGAAGAAUAAACUGAGCCCCCCAGCAGCAGGUACCAGCUACCACCAGAACAACCACCUGAGCCCAGCAGUGUCCCCAUGGUCCAGCCCCUGGUCAAGUCCCCGUGCCAGUCCAAGUUCCCUACGCAAGUCUCCACACCCUUGCAAGUCGCCUCUGGCCAGCGAGGGCCGACUGAGCCCCGAGUCUGGCCAGCGCAGGGCGGACUACUCCUCCGACAGCAGCCUGACUCCCUCAGGUAGCCCCUGGGUACAGCGGCGACGCCAAGUUGCCUCCCAGGAGAGCAGCCCAGUGGGCAGCCCCAUGCUUGGGCGCAAGAUCCAGAAUGCAGAUGGACUGCCCUUGGGUGUUCUACGGCUGCCCCGUGGGCCGGAUGGAACUCGCGGCUUCCACUGUGCUACCAUGGAGGAGAGGGGCAAGGCUGCAGGAACACAAACGUGAACUGGAGUGACCAGCACAUCAACCACCAACUUCCAGAUUGGUACUAGCCAGUUUAUGCUAUAAUUUUGUUUAUAUGGCUGAUGUGACUUCAUGUAAGCUACUGUUACACCAGAAGAAACGAGAGCCGAUUUCCAUGAAAUCAUACAAUGGUCUCAAAUAAAAAAAAAAAAAAAAAA